AACAGGACUGUACCAAGUCACUUUCACUUGAGGGGGGGUUAUGAGAAGAAUAACUUUCACUAGAUCUAAAGCCUACCUGAGAAAAAGGUGUCUCUCUCAGUGUGUUUUGCUCCUGUGGGUGCCGGCCUCUGCCAUUUGAACCGUAUUUAAAUGGAAAGGGUGUCAAGGGUUGAACUAUAAAAUAAUAUAUAAAUAAAAUAGACUGUCUUCUGUAUGUGCUUCUAACUCUCUGUCUCAGUAAAGUAAGCCAUUGACAGAGGAGAAGGGGAGGAGUCAAGUUAACAGGUUGUCUCGCAGAGUUGACGAGGGACAUUUGAUACACACGUCUCAAAGAACACACCCAGGAGACAUAGUUUUCCACCUGAAGGAUACUGUAGUUAGUCUACACAGGGCGAUGUCCGCGUUUAGUGUGUGCAGUAUAUCUUUAAAAGUCUCCAGUGGACAUGACUGUACUUUCACACCCAGGUGCUCACACAGAUUAAGUAUUGAUUCAUAGUUUCAAACGCACACCCACAAAUGCACACAGCACAGGUAGGAGCCAUGGUGUUGCACCUGCAGGCUCUGUGGUUCAGUGGUUAGCCUCAGAGCAGAGGAUGGCUCUGCUCUCUGCUGCUGGCACCGAGGACGACCUGGAGGACUCAAACGAGACGGAGGAAAACAAGGAAUAUAUUUUUACACCCGGUCAUGGAAGCACAGAGCAGGAGGAAGAAAAAGAUGAGGAGGAGGAAGAAGAGGAAUAUUUAUUUAGUACCAGACAUAACAACACAGAGCAGCUGGAGGAAGAGGAAGAAGAGAUGGAUGAAGAGCAACAAGUUCUAUAUGAAGUGCUGUGUGCUGACAGAGUGGGCCAGAUGACGAAGACCUACAGUGACAUUGAUGCUGUCACUCGACUACUGGAAGAGAAAGAGCGUGACCUGGAGUUGGCAGCUCGCAUUGGACAGUCACUGCUGAAGAAAAACAAAGCUCUCAGUGAGAGAAACGAACUGCUGGAGGAGCAAGUAGAACACAUACGAGAGGAGGUGUCUCAGUUGCGUCAUGACUUGUCCAUGAAAGACGAGCUGCUUCAGUUUUACACCAGCGCUGCAGACGAAAGUGAGGGGGAGUCUGCCACCGCCACACCUGUGCGUCCCAGUGAAAUCAGUGUGUCAACUCCAACUCUUUUCCCCCUUGACUCCUUGCAGAAGAAACUCAAAGAUCUGGAGGAAGAAAAUAAAUCUUUGCGCUCUGAGGCCAGUCAUUUAGAGACAGAAACUAUCUACCAAGAGGAGAAAGAGCAGCAACUUGUAAAUGACUGUGUCAAAGAACUACGUAAUGCCAACCAGCAGAUGUCCUCUCUGGCUGAGGAGCUGGCCAGGAAGAGUGAAGAUGCCUCGAGGCAGCAGGAGGAGAUCACGCACCUCCUCUCCCAGAUAGUAGACCUCCAGAAGAAGGCCAAAAUGUAUGCUGUGGAGAACGAGGAGCUGACUCAGCAUUUAGGUGCAGCCAAAGAUGCCCAGCGCCAACUCACUGCUGAGCUGCGAGAGUUACAGGACAAGUAUGCAGAGUGCAUGGAGAUGCUCCAUGAAGCUCAGGAGGAGCUGAAGAACCUGAGAAAUAAAACUCUCCCGAUCAGCACGCAGAGACGUUUCCACUCUCUGGGUCUUUUUCCAAUGGACUCUCUGGCAGCAGAAAUCGAGGGCACCAUGAGGAAAGAGCUUCAGAUGGAUGAUCCAGACGUAGAAGAGCAGAGAUUGCAACCAAAACGAGUUUUCCAGACGGUGAAAAACCUGAACCUGAUGCGUCAGCAGCGUUCUUCAUUAGGCCCCUCCCCCCUCAACAUCCCAGGCUCCAAUCGUACAUCAUGCAUCACCUCAGGGCGCUCCAGCAGGGUGGGCACGCCGUGCUCAAACUCCAUUUAUGGAAGUGAGACAGGAAGUGGAAUCAUCCUUGACAACAGGAUCCUGGAGGGUCCAGAUGAUGGGUCAGAGGACUCUAACAAACGCCCUCCAGGCACUCCAGGGACCCCAGGCAGCAGGGACCUGGAGGCAGCACUGCGGCGUCUGUCCCUCCGCCGUGACAACUACCUCUCAGAAAAGCGCUUCUUCGAGGAUGAGAGGGAAAGAAAGCUGGCAUAUCUGGCCAAAGAUGAAGAAAAAGGAGAGGAGGGGAGCAGCGGAGGCCCCGGGACACCGACUGAGAGCCUGCUGUCGCUGUGCUCACACCCUUCUUUUGGAAGCGUGUGGUCGGGAUACUCCUUCUCAGCGAGGUCCUACCUGCCGGAGAAGCUGCAGAUUGUCAAACCACUAGAAGGCUCUGCUACUCUCCACGCAUGGCAGCAGUUGGCUCAACCUCACAUGGGCGCUCUGCUGGAUCACCGGCCUGGCGUGGUCACAAAGGGCUUCCGCAGUCUGGCAAACGAGCAGGAACAGGAAGACAGCUGGCAGCUGGACCAACCAGAGGAGGACGAAGUGUCAUGUGACUCUUUUUCCGCCUUGUCAGGAGAGAGCUCCGCCCCCGUGGGUCUGCCUCAGUCUACCUCUUCUCCCUUUGUCCGCUGCAACAAAAACAUGGACGCUGAUGACAUGAACAGCCAAUCAGAAACACUGCAAGGAGAAAUGUGCCUUGCUGAAGAGGCCUUUCAAGUAAAAGAUGGACAUGUUGCGAACACGGCGCUCUCCUUCUCCAGCCCUUCAUCAUCGUCUCCUCUCCCGUCCUCCGAGAUGAACGGGCACGUAGACCUCAAGGAGCUCCAGGCCUUACAGUCAGCUGCAGUGGACCACAUGCCUGUUAAUUUCCCAGGGAAGUGUAUGUCCAUCACGAGCUCUACAUACACCUUCACCACCUGCAGGAUUCUCCACCCCUCUGAUCAGCUGACCACUGUGUCCCCAAGCCAAGCUUUCUCCUCCUGUCAGGGCAGCGCUUGCACCAGCACCAGCUCCACUACCCCAGCUCCCUCUCCCGUACCCUUCUCUGCCCCUCAUACACCUUCCUACACCCCCUGCUGCACCCCUCGCCGCCUCUCCCUCUCUCUCUCUCUAGCCGAGUCCUCCACCAACCUUAGAGACUCCACCAAGACCACCAGCACUUCUCUGGGCCUUGUGCACCUUCUGCUGGAGCAUGGGAUUUCUGCCUCCGUGUAUGACCCCUGCAGCUGGGAUCGAGGGCUGGAUCUCAGCGGAGCUUCAACACCCGUGGGAGAAUCACCAGCGCAGAGGAGCUGCCACGCAGCAGAGGAGACGGAGCUCAGGCGAUUUGGGAAACGGCCAGACACCCUUCUCCUGGAGCCCUCCACCCCACCCAACUCCCCUCGUUCUAAAUCAGCAUACUCUACCUCCACCUGCCCGGUUUUCCAGUUCAGCCCCACCAAUGACGAACCGCCAUUUUAUGAAACCUUCCUGGCCUCUAAGCCGGCUCGUAUGAUCCUGAGGGAGAUACUUGGGGAGGCGGAGAGGGAGCAGACAGAUGAUGAAAGCCAAACGGACCCACUGAAUCUUCGACUUGUGGACAAACUCAAAAGCUUCCGCACCGUUCCUCCUCAUGCUGGGUCGGUUCCAUCUGGUAGUGGUCUGUUAGCCUCUUUUGGCCCUAACGGACUGGGGAACAGCACUCUGGGCGGGGGGCUUCCGGGCUUGAAUGCCGGGCUGAGGAGGAAUCGUAGCUACCCUGCCAUGGUGGGCGCGAGUAUGGCUAUGAAAGACCCAGGAGGUCCCCCCGACACAGAGAUACUUAUACCACACACAAUGCAAGCUCCCCAUACCCAACAAGCAGCGCACACAAAGGAAACUAGCAACAUGCACACACAUCAGACUCUGGUCAAAAAGACCAUACACAUACCACAGACCCUACAUGCACUGGAGACUGUCACACCACAGACCAUUGUACAGAGACACACUCAGCCAAACUGCAGACUGUGGCCUUCAACAAACACUGACCCAUACAGUGAUGAUGAAACGUGGACAUAACAAGAGAUAUUCAGUGUACUAGUAAUAAAACACAUUUUACAUGAACACACACAUGUAACAUGAGUAUACAUAUAUACAACCAAACCAAAACUAUCUGCGUAAUGUUACAACCAACCUUCAACAGCUACACUGAUGAACAACAGUCCCCCUGCAGAUUCAACCACACAGUCCAUCAUCAGUCUGAUCAACAACAACUGAAUGAUACCCUGGUGAAGAAACCAUUAGUGGCUGACACUGUUACACUGUGUUAAACUCACUUACCGUCAGACCACACUGCUGAUAAAGGAGUACGUUGCCUUCCUCAGUGACCAUUUUCAAUUGUUUAUUGUACACGUUGUAUAUGCAAUAAACUGUGUCAUAUGAAAUCAAAUAUUAAAAGCCCAAUCUGGUAAAAAGUACUGCAGAGCUUUCCAGUAACCCGUUUUAUUUUCUCCUCAGCAAUUUGAGUGCACUAAUGGGAAAAUGCAACCCGGGAAUAUUUAUUAUGUACGGCCCAAAAAUAAGAUAUUUGUUUAUUUCCCCAUCUAUAUAUAUAUUUUUUAAAAGAAAUUGGGUUAAUAUAUUUCAGGACUAUACGAUUAAACAUUCACUACUUCAGAGAAAGUGCUGUGUCAUGGAUCUUUUGUAGCCUUACUGCAAUUACGAAAGAACAUUUCUAUUGUGUUCAAAGAUGCAAUUUCUUCAUUAGCGAGCAUCAAGAACAGAAGGGCAGAAUAAACUGUCUAUUCUAUUUCCUGUGCACAAAGGGAGUAUUAGGGCGUCACAGUCUACAGUAAGAGCUGACAGCUUGAGACAUGAAUAAAGCCUGCUAAAUGUUCAUAACAGAUCGAGGUUUUCACCAGAACCCUUUAGCUGAAUGAUUAAGAAAAAUCAACCCAGGAAACUUAUCACCUUUAAAAACAUGAAUUAAGCAUUUUAGGGUUUUGAAUUCAAAUGUAAAGGUGGGGUCAUAAUCAAAUACAUGAACUUCAUUUACCAACCUGAAAACUGUCAGGGUGAAUGACCGUAUUAUAUUUGGGCCUGUGUGGUCAUUUUAAGCCUUCAGACGUUGUUUGUGUUUGCAAAGUAUUGCACUGGAGUUAAAUGGGAGUUAUAAUGUUGGUAGUGGAGAGUCUUUUUCUACCAGGAACUCUUUUUAAACAUUCAAUCACUGUAUGUAUGAAACCUGUAGUUUCAAGAUGAAUCCAGAUUGUGGCUUUAACGUGUCAUCCUGCUGUGACUUAUCGUACUCAUGUGCCUAAAACAGCUAACAUACUGUAUCUCAGUGGGUGUGUGUUUUUGCAUUUGUUUUAUUUGAAUGCAGUAGAGGGAGUGAGGUUCAUUGAUGUCUGUCUUGUUGUUGUUUAUAUGAGUUUGGGUUGAGUCAACAGGCUCAUGUAGCUCAUGGACAGUAAUCCACACCAGGUCCAGACAUAUACACACAUCUGUUCAGACACUGUGAGUAAGAAAAACAAGAGGUAAACACUUCUUUGUUUUAGUUUUUUUUUUUUUGUCAUUUUGGAGCAAAUCCUCGAAAGGAUCGAAGAGGAUGAAAAGUGGAGAUGAUUUGUAUCAGAUGAGACCAAGUUAUCGUCGUCAUCAUUUAUUUUAUUUAAAUCCUCCAACAAACAUAUGUUUGUUCUGACUUCAUGACCUCAGAGCAAACAUCUUGCCCCAACAAAUCAAGGAAUAAAGUCUCUCACAGGCUGAACCCCCCCCCCCCCCCACACACACACACACACACACACACGUUUCACUCCAACCAAAGUAAGACCUGAACAAGAAGUAGGCGGGACCACCACACAGAGUUGUAGCAGUUUGCAUAAUAUUUGAAAAACCUGAAUCCCAUACACAUAUACUUAUAAAAUUUAAUUUAUUUAGUCAAAAUCAAACAAGCGUGUGGUUGAAAAUAUAGCAAUAUAAGAAGUUGUUAAACUAAUAUGUUUGUGAAUGUAAUUGUUUGAGGAGUGACAUGAAGUAUCCAAAUGUUGUUUCUUAGACGAGACGGAGACUUUAGCACAGUUAGUUGUUCUACUGACCCACUUCCAUUAUCGAGCCUCUGCGAAGCUCAUCUGAUAUCUUGAAUACUUUGUGUAAAAUGUAUGGGCUGUAUAUCGAGAGCAAGUUACAACUCUGCUCAGGUCGAGGGACGUCACCUGUCCAAUUCCUCAGGCAACAUUUGAUCCCUUGCUACCUUUUCCUGUCUGAGUCUGGCCCGCUGACCGCUGCUCCAGUUUUAGGUGAAUGGAUGGAGAAGUGGCUGGCUCUGCUGCUGGAAGCGGUCUGUUGAAAUCCUUAAUAAUUAAAGGGUUUAACGAGUGGAAAUUCAAAGUAGCUAUAUAUAUUUAUUCAAAUGUAUGAAAUACUUGGAUUGUUAAAGACAAGCAUAUAACUGAAUGUGUUUAAAUGAAGGAUUUUGAGUUUGUAUUUCAUUUUGAACUGUCACACUGAAGUUUCUUUGACUUCACAUUUCAUUUAACAACACCAAAUAACAGUAUACAGAUGCUGUUCUCUGGUUGUUUUUUUGCCCAGAUGUGUCAUAAAUCACACGUUAAUUUACAGUAUUAACAACAAUACCAAGUGCUAAGCAUGAGGUGACACGGAGAGUGUGUGUGUGUGAGUGUGUGUGUGAGUGUGUGUGGGCUUGUUUUUCUGUGUGUCAGCUGAAACAUCUGAAUGUAAGUUAUCGCAGUAAUGCUGCCUUAGGUCUAUAUAUUUCUGUACAAUACGUUGAUUUAUCUCUGUCUGUUUGUGUUGUCCUGAGAAAGGGAAACCAUCAUUUCAUUGUAAAUGUAUGCAACAUAUAGUCAUGCUAACCUUUUCUUAUUUGAAAGAAACUGUAACAAUAGAAAAAACAGGAAAGGGGUUGAGGUUGUUUAUUUUGAGUAAAGAGAAAAAGAAACCUUUUCUGUUCAGGGACUGAAGUGUUUGAUUCUACAGAACAGGCUGGACUGUCAAUAAAAUACAAACAUAAAGACUGA